AUGGCUUUUAAUGAUAUUUCGAUUCCAAUUCCCAAUGAUGUGACAGUUAUAUCUCUUGUUGCAUGGAUCUUUUAUGAACUUGGCAACAUGAACACAGCGGCUCGUAUAUUCCGUACAGUUGAUGAUAUUGUAAUUCAAUUUGGAUUUUAUUCAAGCAUCAUUCUUUCAUGUUUUUUUUCUGAUACAUCUUGUGAAGAUGUUAAAAUUUUUCAUUAUACAGCUAUGUAUCAAAUGAAAUUUGGUAUUUUUAAUUAUGUUAAUCUUGCAAAUACUUCAUCCGAGCGUCAACGUUUAAUUCGAAGUAACAACAGGGCUGGAAACGUUGAGUUUAACUUUUGUUCAAAAAACAGCAUGUUUUGUUGUAAGGCAUUAAAAAUGAAGAAUGUUUCUACUGAUGCGGGUGAUGUUUGA